AUGAAGGUUUUAGUCGCUAUUUGUGUUCUGACGCUGGUCGCGUUAUCGUUUGCUAAACCUGAAGGGUAUUCGCGCGGUUGCAUCUAUAUAUUGGGCAGAUGUUACCGUGAGUGCGAAGAAGGGACUCACGCGUUUGCAACGAGUUGCGGGCCUAAGACUCCCGAAGCGACUUGUGACGAACCGAAUCCUAAACAAGAGAAAGAGAAAGAACAAUAA